AAAACAAAGAAGAACAAAAAACACCGGCGAUGUCUUCCACGUCGAGAAAUAUAUCUGGCGGUGGAAACCGGAAGUCGAGUAGGCUGCAGCGGCGGGCACCACCACCUCUAAAGAUAAACCCAUCCGAAACCAAUUGGAAAGUGCCCAUUCCCCUUCUAUCACCUACGGAGUCACCGCCACCGAAGCCACCAAUGGUAACGAAGAGGGAUGAGCAACGGUGGGGAAAAGAGGUGGAGAAGCCGCCAAUUUUCAAGAAGUGGCAGGCCGCUCCGUUUUACUACCAGCCAGCGCCGUCAUCGAAAAAGCCGUUUGCAUGGCCAAAUUAACGGUCUCUUAAUACUAGGGCUACCACAUACAUAACUAUAUAUACUUAAUAUGUCGAUCCCAUGGGUUACUUCGAUCCCAUGGGUUACUAUAAUCAUAUAAAUAUUUCAUAGGUUAUAUGUACGUAGCAAUAUAUAUUAAUGUUUAUCUUUAUGCAAGAUGUAUGUUGGGUUUGACGUUGUUUCUUCGUAUAUAUAGUAUUGAACUCAUGAAAAUCCAUGAUGGAAUUAUGGGGAAAAACAUA